AUGGCUGAUACUGAUUUUAUUCCAUUGCCACAAAGUGCCGGAUAUGCCGUCCUUGUUGGUUUGGGUGGUGUGUUUGCCGUGGGAAUGAUGCUCACCACUUAUUUACUUAAACGAUAUAAUAAAGAAAUCAUCACUGCGGAAGAGUUUGCAACUGCUGGGAGAUCUGUUAAGUCGGGGUUAAUCAGUGCCGCUGUAGUUUCAUCAUGGACUUGGGCUGCUACUUUGCUAACAUCAAGCACACAGGUGUACAAGAAUGGGGUUUUUGGCUCGUGUGGAUACGCGUUUGGUGCCACUGCUCAGAUUACAUUAUUCGCUACAUUGGCAAUCAAGGCUAAAGAAAGGGCUCCUCUGGCUAGAACAUAUAUGGAGAUUAUCAGAGCAAGAUAUGGUGCACCUGCACACACUGUUUAUAUCAUUUGGGGUCUAGCAACUAAUUUCAUGGUCACAAUCAUGUUAAUCACUGGUGGUGCAGCUACUGUUCGUGACUUGACUGGAAUGCAUCCAGUGGCCUCGUGUUUAUUGAUUGGUCUCUCGCCAACUGUUUACUCAGUAUUUGGUGGUAUCAAAGCUACUAUUUUGACAGACUAUGCUCAUACCGUUGUCUUGCUUAUUAUUAUUCUUGUCUUUGGGUUCGUCACGUGGGCGACAAGCCCGGUGUUGGGAUCACCAGGAGUAGUUUGGGACUUGGUUACCAGAGCAGGAGAGCUAUAUCCAGUGGAAGGUAAUCAUGAAGGUUCGUAUUUGACAAUUCAUUCACGAUCAGGUGGAAUCUUUUUCGUCAUAACAAUUGCGAGUGCUUUUGGAAAUGUGUUUUUAGAUAAUGGAUACUAUAAUAAAGCUUUUGCAGCUAACCCUGCGUCGGCUUACAAGGGAUAUAUUUUGGGAUCAUUGGCAUGGCUUCCAAUACCAGCAUUUUGUUCAUUGACCAUGGGAUUGGCCGGAUUGGCUCUUGAGCGUACAGAACAAUGGCCAUUAAAAAGACCCAUGACUCCUGAAGAGGUUGCUGCUGGUUUGGUGUUGCCAAAUACUGCUUCAGCUUUAUUGGGUAAAAGUGGUGCUGUUUUGAGUUUGAUUGUAACCUACAUGGCUUGUACCAGUGCUAUGUCAUCUGAAUUGAUUUCUGUUUCAACCAUUGUCACAUAUGACAUAUACCGAACCUAUAUCCAUCCUACUGCGACAGGUAAAAAAUUGAUAUUCAUCUCCCAUAUCAGUUGUGGUGUAUUUGCUUACUUUAUGGCGGCAAUUUCAAUUGGACUUUACUAUGGUAACGUAUCUUUGGGUUUCUUGUAUGAAUUAAUGGGUAUUCUUUCUGGAGGAGCAGUAAUGGGUUCUGUGAUGACUAUAUUGUCAUCAAAGCAAAACUGGCAAGCUAUUACAUUUUCACCCCCAAUUGCAAUGAGUUUGGCAAUCAUGUCUUGGUUAGUAGUUUGCAAGACUAAAUUUGGAAGCAUUACGUACGAUAACUUGUUUCAAGAUGAUGCCAUGUUGACUGGUAAUGUUGUAUCCUUGCUCUUCCCAUUGAUUACAAUUCCGUUAUUCACCUUCAUUUUCAAACCUCAAAAUUUUGACUGGAAGUUGUUGGAAACAAGAAUUACAAAGGUGGAUGAAACUGAGGAGUUGAUGGAAGCCACAGGUAAAAGACAUCGUGAUAACGAAAAGUUAAAUCCCGUCAUGUCCGAUAUAUCUGUUAUUGCUAGCAACUUGGCCGAGAGCAGGCGUGCAAAGUAUUCCCAAGAUCAAAUGCAAUUACACAAGGCAUUCAAAACUACCGCCAUUGUGUGUGUGGUUGUUACCAUUUGUUUGGUAAUUCUUUUCCCAAUGCCAUUGUAUGGAAGCAAGUACAUUUUCUCCAAAAAGUUUUUUACUGGAUGGGUUUGCGUAUUCUUUAUUUGGACGUUUUACACAGUAUUCCAAGUUGGCAUUUAUCCAAUUUGGGAGGGCAGAGCAACACUAUUUCACAUGGCGAGAGGAAUUUACUGGGAUUGCACUGGUCAAUCUCACAAGUUGUAUGAAUGGCAGGAUUCUCACCCCGAGGAUUUGCAUGCGGUGCAAUCCCAGAUUAUUGCUCAGUUGUCUCAAGAAAAUAGUGCUGGGGCUCCGGAGGUGUUUGAAUCAUCAGUUGCCAACGACUCACGUAUAGAUUAUCAAUUAUCUGACGAAAAGAAAUGA